AACCCUAGACACCUACAGCAAUGGCAGAGGAAAGAUUUGUAUGGAUGAGAUGCCAAGGAGCCCCUCUUCAUGCUUGGGGGCUGGAAUUUUUUGAAAAAAUGGCAGUGACAUGGGGUAAGUUCAUAUGCCUAGAUGACAACACAAGCAGAAAAUUAAGGUUUGACGUGGCUAGAUUCCUAAUAUCCACGCAAAUCAUGAAUGCAAUAUCUGUCAUGCGAAGAAUCAAAGUGAAUGGAGUCAUGUCUGAUUUGAAAUUCACGGAAGAGGAGCUGGGUGUUGAUCUGGAACAACUCGCCGGUGAUGGAGAAGAAGAAGGAGAAAACAGGGAUUUCAGCCAAAUUGACAAACAGUCAACUGCCAAUCCGAGAAACGAGGUGGAAUUUGAAUUUGAAGAAGAAGGGGGUGAUGUGAAAGGACGCAAGCUGGUGGAUAGCUUCCCCUAUAGCCGGCUGGGUGAAGAACAAUCAGUGAAAGUAGUAGCUGACAAUUUUGACAGGUCUACGGAAGCUAGUGAAUUAGGAGGAAGAGUUGAGGCUGGUUUAUUUGAAAACAGUCCACAAAAUGAGCUGUCUACAGACCCUAUCGAGAGUUCAGCUGGCAAUAACUUGGGCCUACAGCAUAAGCCCAACUCAGAGGCCAUAUGCCAAGCCCGUGACAAUGAACAGCAAGUGGGAGGAAUUGAGCAAGAAUCUGUACCGCAACGUGAGCAACAGCAGCAGAGGCAAGAGAAAAAAGGGGAGUCGUUGGGAAACAAUAGAGAGUUCUGGGCAGAUUUGCAAAGUGAGGAAGAAAGUGAAAAAGGGUGGAUGGAUGCAAGUAACAAAGAUCGAAAAAAAAGAAAAAAGAAGAGAGCAAGGUCGUGCAAAGCUGUGUAUCAAAAAGCAAGUCUUCAACGAAUUUUGAUGCGGAGAGAGAAGAACAGAUCUGCAGUAAAAGAGAAGAAAGCAUGGCGAGAAGAUAUCCCAAAGUUUCAGCCGGGCAUGAACAAUGAAGUUGCAGGGGGUUCUGUGGGAGAUAGUGGUAUACAGAAUCGAAAUAGAUUGUUGAAGGAACACCCAAGUCGCAGAAUUGCAGAGAGCUGUGGGAUUUUGCUAGGAAAAUUGGGGUUGUUGCUGAAAAUGAGGAACAAAUCAUCAACAAGCUUGACGAAAUGGAGAUGCGUGACAGAAGAGCAAAGGAAGCGGACUGCUCAAAAGAUCCAAAGAAGAAACAGAAAAGUUGGUGGAUAUUCUCUUGUGGGUAGAAAAUUCAUCUGGUACCAGUCUAACGGGAACAGUAUGAGCAGAAUAGACAGAUUUCUACUAUCGGAAAGGUGGUUGACAAAGUGGAGUGAAGCCAGACAGUGGGGCCUUAGUAGAACAAUGUCGGAUCAUUGUCCAAUCUUGCUCAGACAUAAGCAUAUUGACUGGGGGCCUAAGCCAUUUAAGUUUGUCAAUGCAUGGUUUCAACAAGAAGGUUGCAUGGAGUUGGUUAAAGAGGUGUGGGGGUCGGCGAACAUUCAAGGAUGGGCAGGGUUUCAACUUAAGGAAAAACUGAAAUUGACAAAGGAAGCUUUGAAAAGGUGGAGCAAAACACUUCUCCCAGAUAUUGAUGCCAAAAUAAACAAGGCUACUACAAAGAUAGCACGAAUUGAUAAGAAGGGGAAAAAGGUACAACUGUCGGAGGAAGAAAUCAUAAGAAGAAGAGAGGAUUUCCUACUUCUAUGGGAAAGCAUGAAGAGCAAGAAAAGUAUGCUGCAGCAGAAAUCUAGAAAGGCAUGGUUGACCCUCGGUGACGCCAACACAAGUUUCUUUCACAAGUGCGUCAAGGGGAGAUGGAGAAGAAAUGAAAUGACUUCUAUACAAAUCAAAGGAACACAAAUUGUGUGUGCCAGCAGAAUGAAGGAGAAGAUUGCUUCCUUUUUUGAAGACAUAUUCAAAGAAGAACAAUGGGACAGACUAAAGCUAGAAGGGGUGAGUUUCAAGCAAAUUUCACAGUUAGAAAAUGACCAUCUGGUUGGAGCUUUCAGUGAGGAAGAGAUAGAUGUAGCGGUGCGGGAGUGUGACAGUUCAAAGGCGCCUGGACCAAAUGGAUUCAAUUUCGACUUUGUCAAGAAUGUGUGGGAGCUAAUAAGGGUAGAUGUAAUCAGAUUCUUGCAUGAAUUCCAUAAAAAUGGUAAGUUGGUUAGAGGACUUAACACAUCUUUCAUUGUCCUUGUGCCGAAAGUGGAUAACCCACAAAAGAUAGAGGAAUUUAGACCCAUCUCCCUCAUUGGUGUAAUGUAUAAAAUCCUUGCAAAGCUUCUUGCUAACAGGUUAAAGGUGGUCCUUGAUGGGAUUGUCGAUGAACAACAUAUGGCAUUUAUUAGAGGAAGACAACUAAUGGAUGGAGUAGUGGUUGCAAAUGAGGUGAUUGAUGAUGUAAAGAAGAAGAGGAAGGAGACAUUCUUGUUCAAGAUCGACUUUGAAAAGGCGUAUGAUAAGUUUAUUGUGACGAGAGGACUCAGGCAAAGGGACCCUUUAUCACCCUUCCUAUUUUUAAUCAUUGCAAAAGGUCUUAAUGGACUGGUUUCAACUGCAUCUCAGAAAGGGUUAUUGGACGGAGCAGAGGUGGGGAGCAGAGGUUUUAAAGUUUCUCACCUACAAUACGUGGACGACACAAUUCUCUUUGCUAAAGCUAAAGAGGAAAAUGUGUGGGCAAUGAAGGGCAUCUUGAGAGCUUUCGAACUAGUCUCAGGCCUAAAGAUAAACUUCAACAAAAGUCAUUUGAUUGGCAUACAUAUGCAAGAGGGCUGGCUCAACAAAAUGUCAUGGGUGCUUUGCUGCAAAGUUGGGGUUUUUCCAUUUAAAUAUCUGGGCAUCCCCAUUGGAGGAAGCAGUAGAAAAAAGGCCUUUUGGAAACCACUAGUGGAAUUAUUUUCUAAAAAACUAUCUACAUGGAAGGGUCGGUACUUAUCUCUUGGUGGAUGGAUUACCCUUAUUAAUUCAAUGCUAUCCAGUCUUCCUGUGUUCUGGAUGUCGGUGUAUCUCAUCCCAAAAGGUACGAUUCUUUCACUUGAUAAAAUUCGUAGAGGUUUUUUAUGGGGUGGGGCUACAGGAGAAAAGAAAAUAAAUUGGGUGAAGUGGGAACAGGUCUGCAAAGGAAAAGACUAUAAGAUCUCACAAAUGGGAGGUUGGCACAAUGACACUUGGAAGUGGAGUCUACAAUGGAGAAGGUCCCUAUUUAGCUGUGAAGAACAUCAGGAAAUGGAGCUCCAAAAGGAGAUUAACGAGAUAACAAUUGCAAAAGGGAGACCAUAUCAAAGGAUAUGGAUUCACAGUAAAGAUGGUAAAAUUCCAAUCAAGGAUAAUCUGAUGAAGAGAGGCGUGAUUCAGGACCCAGGCGAGUGCAGAUGUGAAUUAUGUGGUGCAGGGGAGGAGAAUUCCAACCACCUUUUUGUUCAGUGCAAAGUGGCACGUGAUCUAUGGACAGCUUGCUAUAAAUGGAAUGAAAAAGUGUUUAGGGGGAAGGAGGUGGAUAGUGGAAGGUUAUUUGAACUGGUCCAAAUCAGGGCCUUUAGCUGGAUUAAGGGCAAAAGGAGCGGCUGCUUUUUCUCCAUAGUUGAUUGGAUCCAGAAUCCUGCAAACUAUUUGAGCAUUAAUCGCAACAGUAGAAGGUAUCUCAAGAGAAAGCCAUCUGAAAUGGAGGUGGAGCUGUGAGUGAAGGAGGUGAAGGAGGUCAAGAUCAUUUAUCUGAUUGGUUAAUUAUAUUACUGCCUGGUUGAAAAAUCACUGUUGCAUCAAUAAGGCUUCUUUGAGCAAUUUUUGACUGCAGAUUAUGUGCCUAAAGCACUAAUGGUCUUUGGGGUUCUAAAUGGCAGUCAAGGCAUGCUCAGUGAAGGUACGUGAUAGCGGGGCGAUAGCUGGAAUGGUUUUCAUGAUCAGUAUAGUGAUUGAUAAAGAUUUUGCAUCAGA